CAAAUUCUGAUUUGCUCAUUGAUUUCAUUAAAUAUUGUUUUAUCGUUAUUGAAUUUAAAAUUGAAAUGGCCAGAUUUAAUAAUCAUAAUAAUAAUCGAUUACCAAUACCGGCAAAAAAUGCUGAACGUGAACGUAGCCGUGUACGGUGUUUAAGAAAUGCAUUUCAAACAUUACAACAAUGUUUACCAUCAGUACCACCGAAUACAAAAUUAUCCAAGCUUGAUAUUUUGAUUUUAGCAACCAAUUAUAUACAAAUAUUGAUGCAAACACUUAAUAAUAAUAAUCAUCAUCAUCAUUAUGAUUCAGAAAACAAUGGUAAUAAUAUUCAUGAAGAAUGCAAUAUUUAUCAUCAUUCAAUUGAUUUCAUACAAUCAACAGCUACAUUAUCAUCAUCAUCAACGUUGACCGAAGAAAUGGCAACAACAACAUUUUACACAAUUGAAAAUUCUUCGAAUCAAUCAUUGUCGAAGGUUUAUCGUCCAAUCAAGAAAUGGCCAAUGCGUUCACGUUUAUAUUCAACAAUGAUGAUGAUCGAUACGUUUGAACGAUCAAAAAAUGAUGAAACAAUAUUCGAAGAUACAAUGAUAAUCGAUCAAAAUAUUCAAUCAAUAUAAUAAUCAUUCAU